AUGCUGCUCUUGGUAACGCUGGGCAUAGUUUUUUCUUUCACUGUGGUCACCGCCGAGAAGACUGAGAACAUCAACCACAAACCACCACCAGCACCGCCGCUCAACUACAGCACAAUCUCCCUGCCGCCAGAGCACGUACCCUAUUUCCUCAACAACAACAAGAGGGUCGCCAAGCAAUGCCGCCAGGACCCGCUCUGUCCUUUUAAAGUAAGAUAUGCACUUUGUAAACUUUGUACUUCAUUUUUUUCACUUUAGAGUUGUGGCAUACUCUUUGACUUUGAUGCACUGUGUGGAAAAGCUCAAACAGUCAUUUAAAUCAGGACUGAAAGUAGCAUGAAUACUUUAAAUUAUAGUGUCUUUUUCUUUGUUGUUGUAUACUGACAUUUUUAUUUGUUUUGAAUCAUCAGUUUAACAGAUAUUGUCCUCAGUCAUUCAAUCAUUCAGCUAGCCUUUAAGGAUGUAAGUUAUCAGUGUGUUUGUGUUUGUGGAUACUUUGGUUAAUUUUUUUUUAACCUAAUGGUUCGGAGCACAAAUAAAACUUAAUUUCAAAAACAAAGAACAUUUGUUUUGCUCACAACUCUUACCUUUUGUCUAUCUUGUCAAACAAAUGUGGAUUCAUUUAGUCUUCUGACAGACAGGCAAACUUUAACACACUGUUUACCCUCUCACUCUGAAUCACAGUUUGUACCUUGUAGAUGUUAAAAUAAUCACAAGUUUCUUUCUCAAAAAAUAUGAUUUGAUUGUUAACUCAAACCCCGACAUCAUGUGAUUUCCUCCUUACUUAAAUAUCAUUACUUGUUUUUCCAACAGGAUGCACUGCAGAAUCCAUCAGCCUGUUGGGGUUAUGAGAAAAAGUGUGAUCCAGGAACACGCUUUGGUUAUCCAGUCUGUACCAAGGCUGACUCAGGAUGGUACUAUCCCUCACUUUGCAUUCUAACACCUUUGCUCAGAUAUAAAGCUGCAGCUGUGAUUUACUUUCAUAUUCAGCCAUACAACCAUCUAUUAUGUAUAAGCUAUUUAAUAAUCAUAAGUAUAACAAAUAACAGUCAUGUCUUAUUCACAAGUAGUGAAUUUCGUGAAGUACAGUGUCUAUUAUUUAUUUUAAGUUAAGGUGUGCUCAUUCCGACCAUGCAUCAUUGAUGAUCCAGUAUGGUUUUGGCCUUGCUGAACGGCAUGAAUCUCUGAUCUGUCAGGGCUCGUUCACUGGAGGCAGCCCAGGAUCUCUUCUGGAGACAGGCUGAUUUUGGCUAUGUAAAGGAGCGCCUCUCUGAACUCAAAACACUGUGCAAGGCCAGCAAGCCGGUAAGUCUGCUCAUUUCCUUAGUUCCCACGGGCCUAAUGGGUCAACAGGAAGAAACAACAGGUGCAAACAAACACAGCGUGAAACAAGGAUUCCACACACAAUGGGCCUGAACAUUAUUUACAGUGGUGCAGGUAUAUUAGUGAGAAGACUCAAACCAAAGGUUUAGGCUCCUCUAGCAUCAUGUAAAUAUAUGAUAGUUUUACUCUGAUUAUUUUCCAGGGGGACUCAUCGUUAAAAUGCAGUAGCCACACUCGUUUCUGUAAGGCAACCAACCUUUACAUGGACUUGCGUAACCCGCGCCGAGGUCAUGAGAGGUCAGCAUAUCUUACACUGUUUCGUACAUAAAUAUGCAUAAAAAAGACAAGAAGAAUAGGAAUCACUUAAAAGCUAAACUGUUGCAGAUACAGGGAGGACUUCAUCCAGAAGGGUGAGCUUGGUGGCCACUGCAGACUGAACAAGCAAGCACUUGCUGCUGAAGGGGAGCACAAGAGUCCCUUACAAUCUUGGUGAGUCAGAUACACAUUUACAACACACUCUGAGUGAGUUUAUGCCAACAGGUCAGGGAUUUGUAAGGGGAAUGUGAGUUACUUAGCUAAUACUAAGUUCCCUGACUGGGAAUUGAACCCAGGCUGCAGCAGUGAGAAUGCGGAAUUCUAACCACUCGAUCAUCAGGGAGUUGCACAUGGGUGUUAACGUGCUUUGCUGUGCCAAUAUGUGACCUACAUCCAUGACUUUCAUCCUAAAACUGUUUCUUCAAAGGCUUAAAUCAAAAUCUGGAUCUGGUAUAUAAUCUGGAUAUUUUUUAGGCUACAGUGUACUAAACAAGAGGCCUCUUAACUGGCAGGUUAAGUAGUGAUAAAGGCUCUUUUAUCAAGAGAGCAUUGCCUCAUAGUCAUCACCUUUUUCUGCAUGUUCAGUUUAUAGGUUACAUAAACAUCUUGCUGUUUCCCCUGGUACUAGGGUGUGAAAUUCCCAUAAAUGGUUCUAAUUGAGAGCGAUGCACAUUUUUUUUCCUGGUGUUUAUCAAAGGGAAAGUUUGAUAACAGCCAUGUUUCAAUAAGGAAAAUAAUGCUUUCAAUUAGAACCAUUUCCAGGAAUUUCACUCCUCCGUCCAAGCUAUAAAAUCAAGUUCUUUAUGCAACCUUUUUGUUAAUUGAGAGCAUUAUUUUCCUUGGUGAAACAUGCCUGUUAUCAAAGGGAAUGUUCCCUGACCGGGAAUCGAACCCGGGCCGCGGCGGUGAGAGCGCCGAAUCCUAACCACUAGACCACCAGGGACAUAUAUAACAGGUAUAUGGAGUAUAGAUGAGUCCCGAAUCAGUGUAUGCAGCCAAAUGAGGUUGAUCUCUAAACUGUUGCUCCCCCUGCAAACAAGCGGCUGCAGGAAGAGAGUAGGUGAGUUGUGUUUAGUCUCUUUGCUAAAGAAAUCAGGCAAAGCUAAAAAGAUGUUUGAUGGCUAGUACUAUGGCUGGGACCCUAUAUGUACUGUUGAUGAAGUUAGGUGCUGUUCUGAGCAUUAUUUGUGGCUAUAGAGUGGCUUUUUGGUUGAGGUUUGCAUGUGGAGACGUAGACCGCUGUGUAUUGCUAUUGUGCAGUCAUUACUAAAGUUGGUAUAACUAGAGAAACAAGCAGUCUGCAGCAUUCAUCUCUCGAGGGGGUGUCUAACUCGGUGUUACGGUGUGUUUGACCCUAAAUUAAUUUUACGCUGGAAUAUCCCUUUAAGCUGCUUCUUUAAAACUGGUGGUGUACUGGCCAACAACAUCCACUCAUGGUCAAACACUGACCAUGGAGAAGAGCUAGUCCACUCCUGUUUGUAAUCCGUGAGGUUACAUACGCCUCCUACUUUGUCCAAUCGUCGAGCGCCCCUUUCAACUACGUGAUGCUGCUCUGAAAGUUCAGUGUGCUUUAGAAAUCAGUGUGAAAGCAGAACCGGAACAAGUGAUAAAUGCAACAAUGUUGCUACUUUCAGCUCCCCAAUCGAAUCGAGUCCGCUUGGUCAGGUGUGAAAGCGACCUAAGGCUCCCCCUCCACAAGUCCACUAUUUUUUGAUUUGCCACCUUUCUGAAGGUUUUCCAAAAGCCGGCUGAGGGCAGACCUUGAUGUUUUUGCCCCUCUAACACAGAAUGAGACAUUCCCAUGGUUCGUUUCGACAAGUAUUCAGAAUUAAACUGUAUAAUUUCAUGACUAAAGCUUUACUUUCUGAUUAAAGCCCUGUGCAUAGUUUUCCUUGGAGAAAAAUACUUGGGUUUUAAAAGGAUGUUCCCUGACCGGGAAUCGAACCCGGGCCGCGGCGGUGAGAGCGCCGAAUCCUAACCACUAGACCACCAGGGAGAUGAAGACCUGGAUGGAGAUCUGAUGAGUUGAGGAAUGACAGCUGCAGCAUGCUUUUUUUUCUGUAAUGCAACAUCACACUUGGCCACUAGGUGAUGCUUAUCUCCUUCACCUAUGUUCACCUAUGAAGUAAUUCAAAGGUAUUUAAGCCCUUUGCAGUUUAAGGCCCCAUCACUGUACUGUAACUUAAAGACUUAAUAAGAUGACCGUAGAGCAAAAUAAGAUGACUGUAGAGCAAAACACAGUGCAAGCAGCCAAUAUCCUGCUUUAAGUACAGUGUCACAUUUAGUUAACUUUAGUCUUUAAAGAGAGAGCUCAGCAGGUAGAAUCUGGCAGACUCAAAGCUUUAACAGCUCUUACUGACACAGAAGCAUGCAGAUUGAUCCAGGCUACCAGCAGGAGAGAGGCUUUGCUCGCAUGUCUGCCUGAUCUGACUGAUUAAAGAAGACAGUUACAUUGCAUUUGAAUGUUAGUCUGGAUUGAUGAAGUCAUUCCUCACCAAAAGGGUCUAAGGAAAAUAAAAAUCCUAGACCACAGCAUGAAUAUUUGAUCCCUUUAACUGCUUCAAUGAAGCUGAUUUAAACAUGCUGCUUUCUCUCAAAGCAGUUCUGAAACAGGAGUGGGGGGUAGACAGGAAUGCAGGGUGGAGCUUAAGUGCCGCAUGCAUUGCUUUUGUCCAAACCACAUGCUGCUGCAAGGGGCCAGUGGCGCAAUGGAUAACGCGUCUGACUACGGAUCAGAAGAUUCUAGGUUCGACUCCUGGCUGGCUCGAUGUUUUCCUCGAUUGGUACCCACGAACAAUGACAGAGUUUGUGAAAUGUUUCACAUAAUGAAACGCUGUCUAGCACCGGCUGCCUAAAGACUGAUAUUAGCUGAGUAAAAGGCUCCACAGAGAACUCGACAAUCAUUAGUAAAUGAUUUUGUUUGGUUAUCUUUAAAACAACUUUGACCUUUAAUAAUAUGAAUUUAUUAAAGAACUUGAGCAGAUAUACGACCCCUUUUUGAUGCUGUAAGUAUGACCCAAUCCUUCCUGAAAUGAACUGUUGUUGAAGCAACAUCAGGCUCACAGAAUUAUCACAAUAUCAGUUACCACCACCCGCGUUUCUUAGUUAUCCCUCUGCUGUGUUCAUAACUUGAUUCUAAUUGGUCCAAACCCCUUUACCAGGGGUAUCUCUGGGGAUCACAUGUAUCAAAUCAGUCUACGGGGUUAUGGCACAUGUGGUGUUCUUUUAAUUUCACCUCGUCCUGUUGACAGUCUGUCAAAUCUUCAGUAGACAGAAUGGACGGUAUUUUUAUAUCACUUUCAACUUAUUUGGGGAGUAUAAAACUUAAGAUUGGUGGUGAAUGGCUUAUCAGACAACAGGAAAAGAGACAGGAAGAUAAAGUGGUGAAAGUGCAGAAACUAGUAAGGGAUGUUAAGCUGUGUCACAGAGAUGUCAGCUGCACUCAUGUGAACAGUCACAAAGCAGCCACAACCCACGACAGGAUAUGGGCUUUGGCAGUUUCAUGGCGUAGGCUGAGCAAUAAGAAAAUUCUAACUGAAAAGUUGUGAGGAAGAGGAUCUAAUACAGGUGCUGCUGCAAUUUUCUGCAUGUGUCAAAAAUGCCAACAGAAAAUGCAGAUGUUGUGACUUUACUGUGAGUGAAAAUGUCACAUUUAAUGUUGAUUCUGUCUGUAAGUUGGGAAAUAGGGAUACUUUUGCCCUGGAAGUGCCACCAACCAUCAAAACUGAGUGACUGUUUCUUUUAGAUGUAUGAAUAAAUCAUUUUUAAAUCAACAGAAUCACCUUUACAUCAACUCCCAGUCAGCAAGUUUGUGUAUUUAGUUCUUAGUCAGGUAACAAGAGGAAUAAUUGAUAGUUACCUAGUGGUUAUGUCAAAUAGACCCUCGACAGGGUGAGACGGGACUUGAGUGCACACCAUAUUAAGCCAAAAUGACUAAGCCUUUUAAAAAAUAAUUUGCUAGUUUGACCUCAAUUCAGCCAGGUUGAAGGUGAGAAUCUAGGUCUGAUGUCAGGCUAUCUCUUGCAUUUUCUUAUUGGUGGACAGCGAGUAGCUGCAGUGACAACAACUGAUAAGACCAGUCCUUUCAGUUAGACGCGGGAAAGCCUAUGCAUGAACAACAAUGUACUGUGAUGGUGCAGAAUUCAUAGAAAUCUAUUUUUAAAACAAUGUUGUUGUGGUGUGCUUUUGCAGGUAUGCUGAGCUGCAAACAUACACGGAGCUGGAUUCUCAGCCUACAGAGGAUGGACAAUGUGACAUCAUCAUUGAAAAACCUACUGUUUUCAUGAAACUGGAUGCUGGUAAGUUAUAAAGACUUGAUUGAAAUAAAACCCAUCCUUUUUUAGGCACAUGCACAUUUGACUUUGUUUUAAAGUUAGGCUCUGAAUGAAACCGUGGUUUGAUAAAAAAAAUAUAUAAUCUCUAAAGUUAGACAAAACCAAGGUAAUACUUUUUGGGAGAUAACCAUUUAAAUCAGAGGUUAUGAAACUGUUUGUGCAUCUUAUUUAGUUAAUUUUCUUUUUUGUCUUCCUGUGUGAGUGGUUGUUGUUCUUUUUACGUAGUGUAUACAUGUAUGUAUGUGUGCAUGUGUACACAUAUUUAUAUGGAUGUGCUACCAAAUAUAAUAAUUGUGUAUUUUUCCCAACAGGAGUGAAUAUGUACCACCAUUUCUGUGACUUUGCCAACCUCUACAUCUCCCAGCACAUUAACAACUCCUUUAGCUCAGAUAUCAACAUCGUCAUGUGGGACACGGUGGGUACCUCAUAGCUUUCAACACUUAGAGUACAAACUAGCAGAAAACAAAAUACGCAGUUCAACCAGUUGGACUUUUGUUGAAUUAGACACACUUUAUGUCAUUUUUAGAAACCAUUACAAAAGGAUAUAAGUGAUAAAAUUGCCCAUAAGACCUUAAUUUAUCUGCCUCAUUAAUAAUUUAUGGUUAACUGUAAUUUAUGAAAUUUCUGCUUUUUCUUUAACAAGUCUGUAAAAUUAUGUUCCUGGUGUAGACAUCAAGGGAAAAAAUAACAGACCACCAUGCAGACAGCCUUAUCCGGUCCAUUGUUCCUCCGCUCUGCACAGAGGUACAGAGGAAAAGGAAAAUAGAGAAAGACAAAUGGGAGGGAGAGAAAACUGUCAAGGAGAAGAAAAGCAGUGACCUUUCAGCACAAACUGCACGCUGCAGUGCAAACUGUGGCAGGCUGUUAGGUAAUAGUGUGUGAACAGAUUAUGUAUAAAACCAAAACUUACUUGAACGCACCCUGGAGAGUUUAAAAACAGACAACUGACAUCAAAAACUGCUAAAGGGGUUUAGCUGAAUUCAUUUUUAUGAGUUUGUUUUUCAUGUCAGUGCAACACUAAUUAAAUUAACACAUGUUCACCCCCUUUCAAUGUCUUUUCCAGAGCUUUUAUUGUUAUGGAGAUCUGUUCAGUGAAACAUGGAGGGCCUUCUCAGAGUAUGACAUCAUCCAUCUGAAGACUUAUGACUCAAAAAGAGUAAGUUUAGUUCCAGCUGUGACAAACAUCUCUAAAGAAGGACGUUUAGAGAUCUGUAUCACACAUUGUUGAUUGUUGCUUUCUGCACCAAUAACUACUUGAAUAUUCUUGACAUUGCCUUAAGAUAUUGUAUGACACCAGGUCUUAUAAAAAAGUACUCUAUGUGCAGUCAUGUUUGCUUACUUCAUUUUUUUAUUCACAUUUGGCCUCAGGUAUGUUUCAGAGAUGCCUUCUUCUCACUCCUCCCAAGAAUGAGAUACGGCCUCUUCUACAAUACCCCUCUCGUAAGUUUUCCUUUGUUUUUUCAAAUACAUUAAAAUGCACUAACCAGAUCGUGUAUCAUGUACAGCUGAUGUAUUCAAUUUAAAGAAAUUGCAACAUCUCAUACAUGCAGUCCUGCCAUGUCCUGCAUCUCUUACAGUUAUUCAUCUUUUCUAUCCACAAACACCAUGAUAUCCUCCGAAGUCAGAAACAUACAGCCCCGGUCAAAUAUUUAUGUGAUGCAUUCAAAUCACAGCAAGUGCUAGUGUUAUUUAAAUGAUAAUUCCAAGGAGAUUUCUAUAAAGAUGAUAUCAUGUAAAUACGGGAUGUCCUGCGGCUUCAGCCUUGAGGUGUGAAAUAUUGAUAGGUCAGCCUCAAGCUGAUGCAGAUGAUUGCCCCUGCAAUACAUGUCAUGUUUAUAUUCAUGCACUCACAUUUGCAGCCACAUCGCUCCCAUGUUUAUGUGAAAUUCUUGGAGUUCAGAAAUACAGACUCAUAUGAUAUUCAUUCUGGGGAGAUUAAAAAUAUGCUUUCAAUUUUCAGAUUCACAGUGGUGCGUUGCCUUUCAUCACAACCCAGUGCAGCUCUCAAGUGUGUCUGGAUUCAGAAAGCCUCCAGUUCAUUUGAAAUAAGAGAUUAGAUUUUCUUAAAAGGCAGAUAUUGUUCAAUGUUUCUUCUUUAUAAAGGAGAACUGGAAAAAAGGCUGUCAUUUAAAUACAAUACUUUGAAUGAAAAAAAUACAAAAAUAAACUGACAUUAAGCUUACAAUAAGCUAAAAUUGUGCUUUCUGUGCUGUUUUGUUGCAGAUCUCAGAUUGCCACAGUGAGGGGAUGUUCAGGGCUUUCUCCCAACACGUUCUCCAUCGACUGCGCAUCCCGCAAGAAGGGCCAAAGGUAGGGAGAACACCUUUAAGGUAGCAUUUUUUCUAGGCCUGGACGAUAUAGAAAAAAAGCAUAUCGAUAAAAAAUAAAUCAUAUUGAUCGAUAUCGAUAAUUAUCGAUAUAAUUAUUAUAAUUAUUUAACAUAUAUUUUAAUUGCAGCCCUUGAUGUUUUAUGCUAUUGCUUAAUGACCUACUUUUAAUAAAGAACACACAGGCACUGAAUUCAAAUUCAAACCUUUAUUUAACCACCUUUUUUAUUUUACCACAACUGAAAGUUUUUUAAAAAAGAACUAAAAAAAAAAGAAAUCAACUUAAGUGGCCUGAGUGACAUCAGUAAAUACUGACAAACAUAAAGACUAAAGUGACCAGAAAAUCUGAUAAAUAAAUAUUUAAAUAGUCUUUUGAUUAAAAUAAACAAAACAAACAAAUAUAUAAAUAAACAGAAUAGCUUUAGCUGGGAAUAGCAUACUACCAGUUUUAACUGUGUGGGAAACUGCCCACAGCCUGGUGUCUGAACACUGAAAUAUUUCUCCCGGGGUCGGGAGAUUUAUUUUUUUUAAUUAUCAUGUGAUUGACUUAAUACACAAACUAAGCACGAGAAGCAGGACUUAUCCACGCCGGUGUUGUGUCGUAGAAUGCACCCCUGCCGAAUGCACCCCCUGCUAGUAGCCAUGAUCCAAAUACUCGCGUCUUUGUAAAAUAUGAGCUCAUUUUCUUCCACUUUAAGAAGCUAAUGAGUGGACGGGAACGUAUUUCCUCCGCACCCUUCUCACCUUUUCAACCCCUGACCCAUUUUCAUGCCUGAAGCGCUGUGUUUGAGAAAUACUUGCGGCCGGGCACUUCAUAUCGCGGGUCGAGAGUGGCUAGAAGCUGGUCGAAGCCAGGCUUUUCAACGGUAGUUAUUGGCAGUAUGUCCCUCGCUAUGGAGCAUGUUACUGCAUGGGUGAUGUCCUUAUGCCGCUCGGACGCUUUGUCGUAUUUUGGCAAGAAACGAAGUCCAGUUUGGUCUGCUUCACAUGCUUUGUGCUGGUGCUGGCAGCGGUUCCAGAGGAUUCCUCCGACGAUGACGUGGAGCCGCGGCGCGGCCGACACAGCUCGUACUCCUGCGGGUGCGAUCGGUUUAGAUGAUAAAACAAGUUGGUUGUGUUACCAGACUUGGUUUUUACUAAUUCUAAAAACCAAAACAUUGCCAUGCUGGUGAACUACUGAAACCUUUUUUCGGGACAAUGUCCUCCGCUUCUCCUUGCUGUAUCAUUUUUUCUAAUACACGUGCUGUCUGUUGUGGUUUGAUAGGGGCUGGGCUUGGUGCCGUAGGUACCUGGGUCUGCGUUUGUGAUUGGUUGGGAGGAAGUAAUGACUGUAGUAAAAGCUACAUGAUAGGCUAUGAUGAAAAAGAAAGGGAAACUGUGUUUUUCUAUCGAACUUUUUAUCGACCCGUUUUUUUUCUAUCGCACCACACGUCUAUCGAUCGAUAUAUAUUGUUAUCGAAUUAUCGUCCAGCACUAAUUUUUUCUCAUUUCUUACUUUCAGAACAAGGCCUUGUUUUUGUAAAUGUGAUUGGCACACUAUUUUGCACCCAGAUAAUUCAACAUAUAUCUAAGAACAUCAGCAAAUUUGGUCAGGUUACAUGAUUUUUCAUUGUCUGCAGGUAACAGCUAAGUGUGAGUUAAUCUUUUCGUGACACUUUUCAAACACAAAAGACUGUGGUAGACACAACUGAAACCUAGUCAGAAAUCAGCAACAACAAGCAAACAGUAAACAAGCAGUUGUAUCCUAUUUUAAUGUAAUGACAAAUAUGAUAAGUUGUUCAAAAUGUUUCUGAAGAAAUCCAACCUUGCCAAAAAUAUAUUUAUCUAAUAAUAAUAAUAUUCUAAACAAAGGUGAAACCCAACAGGGAAAGUGAAACUGUAAGUUGGGGUUCUGCACUUGAAUUAUGCCCAAAGUUUUUAAUCAACUUGGAACUGCAGAACAAUGAUAUGCUUUCGAGGCUUUAUGUAGAAGCACAGGGUCAUGAUUCACAUAAGUCUGAGUGACUGACUGCCUUUCAGUGCUGAACUAAAACAAAGGUGGUGAACAGACCAGGGCCAAAAAAUAUUGUGUAAUCUGAAUCUAUCAGAAGGUGAAUGUGAGGAUCAGGAUCAGAAAGGUCUCUUUGAUAGAUCUAUGUACCUGUCUUUAGAUAAAAUGCUUUUUUUUUUCUUGGGUGAGGACUAAAAAAGUAAAAGGACCUGCAAAAUAACUGAGGUCAUUUUUCUGUAUAUGGUGUUUACUUGGGCUGCAACGAAUGACUAUUUUAUUGGUCGACGAGUCACCGACUAUUAACACAAUUAGUCGACUAAUCGCUUAAAAUAACAACCUCAUUUGGCUACAAACACUGAUAUGGAAAUCAUAAAUGAUCCAUAGAUCACAUAUUGUGUGAAGACAACUCAUUUAAGAGUUAGUUCCAAGCUACAAAAUUCAAGGUAUUUAUGCAGCCUUUAAACUGCAUAUGCAGAGAAAGGCAAUUAUUAGGGGCAAUGCUCUCUUCAUAAUUAAGCCUUUAUCACUGCUUAACCUUGUUGGUAAAGAGGCCCCUUGUUUUGGCUCCCUGUUUUCUAACUUUGUAAAGACGAUCCAGAUAUUGAUUUAAGCCUUUGAAGAAACAAUUCUUGGAAGGAUGUGAUGAAUGCAGGUCACAUAGGGGGAAAUCAGAGCGCGUCAAAGCACAUGUGCAACUCCCUGGUGGUCUAGUGGUUAGGAUUCGGCGCUCUCACCGCCGCGGCCCGGGUUCGAUUCCCGGUCAGGGAACUUUCCCUUUGAUAACAGCCAUGUUUCACCAAGGAAAAUAAUGCUCUCAAUCAAAACCAUUUCUGAGAAUUUCACUCCUUCGUCCAAGCUAUAAAAUCAAGCUUUUUAGGCAACCUUUUAACUGCAUAUGCAGAGAAAGGCAAUUAUUAGGGGCAAUGCUCUCUUGAUAAUUAAACCUUUAUCACUGCUUAACCUUGUUGGUUUGGAGGCCCCUUGUUUUGGCUUCCUGUUUUCUAACCCUGUAUAGAAGAUCCAGAUUUUGAUUUAAACCUUUGAUGAAACAGUUCUAGGUUGGAAGUGAUGGAUGUAGGUCACAUAGGCUACGUUCACACUGCAGGUUUUGAUGCACAAUUCGGAUUUUUUGUCAAAUCUGAUCUUUUUGUGCGGUAGUUCAUAUUACAACAGAGUGUCCACUCUGCAGUCACAUCAGAUACAUAUCCAAAUUAUUUCCACAUACAAAAGAGGCCUGGGUCAGAUUUGAAAAUAACAGAAUUGGACUGUUGACACUUACAUGAAAAAAUCAGAUGUGUGUCAUAUAUGGUUUAAAAAUCAGAAUUGAACGUAGCCAAAGCGUCAGAGCAAAGCACGUCAAUACACAUGUGCAACUCCCUGGUGGUCUAGUGGUUAGGAUUCGGCGCUCUCACCGCCGCGGCCCGGGUUCGAUUCCCGGUCAGGGAACUUUCCCUUUGAUAACAGCCAUGUUUCACCAAGGAAAAUAAUGCUCUCAAUCAAAACCAUUUCCAGGAAUUUCACUCCUUCGUCCAAGCUAUAAAAUCAAGCUUUUUAGGCAACCUUUUAACUGCAUAUGGAGAGAAAGGCAAUUUUUAGGGGCAAUGCUCUCUUCAUAAUUAAACCUUUAUCACUGCUUAACCUUGUUGGUUAGGAGGCCCCUUGUUUUGGCUCCCUGUUUUCUAACCCCGUAAAGACCAUCCCAGAUUUUAAAUUUAAACCUUCGAAGAAACAGUUCUAGGUUGGAAGUGAUGGAUGCAGGUCACAUAGGCUACGUUUACACUGCAGGUUUUGAUGCACAAUUCAGAUUUUCAGUUAAAUCUGAUCUUUUUGUGCAGUAGUUCAUAUUACAACAAGGAAUACGGCAUGUUAUGUGAACGGAAUAUGUCUGUGAAGUGACCUGCAUGGCACAAAGCACUUACUGCUUUCCGCUCCUGUUUGUGUUGUCAAACAAUGGUGACGUUUGUUGCAUAUUGAUGAUGUAUAGGUCGGAUGAACGCGACUUGAGGGUCCACUCUGCAGUCACAUCAGAUACAUAUCCGAAUUAUAUCCACAUACAAAAGAGGCCUGGGUCGGAUUUGAAAAAAACUGAAUUGGACUGUUGACACAUGAAAAAAUCAGAUGUGUGUCAUAUAUGGUUAAAAAAUCGGAAUUGAAAGUAGCCAUAGGCGCAGAGCAAAGUGCGUCAAUACACAUGUGCAACUCCCUGGUGGUCUAGUGGUUAGGAUUCGGCGCUCUCACCGCCGCGGCCCGGGUUCGAUUCCCGGUCAGGGAACUUUCCCUUUGAUAACAGGCGUGUUUCACCAAGGAAAAUAAUGCUCUCAAUUACAACCAUUUCCAGGAAUUUCACUCCUUUUAACUGCAUAUGCAGAGAAAGGCAAUUAUUAGGGGCAAUGCUUUCUUCAUAAUUAAACCUUUAUCACUGCUUAACUUGUUGGUUAGGAGGCCCCUUGUUUUGGCUCCCUGUUUUCUAACCCCGUAAAGACCAUCCCAGAUUUUAAAUUUAAGCCUUUGAAGAAACAAUUCUAGGUUGGAAGUGAUGGAUGUAGGUCACAUAGGCUACGUUCACACUGCAGGUUUUGAUGCACAAUUCAGAUUUUCUGUCAAAUCUGAUCUUUUUGUGCGGUAGUUCAUAUUACAACAGAGUGUCCACUCUGCAGUCACAGCGGAUACAUAUCCGAAUUAUUUCCACAUACAAAAGAGGCCUGGGUCGGACUUGAAACAAUCAGAAUUGGACUGUUGACACUUACAUGAAAAAAUCAGAUGAGUGUCACAUAUGGUUUAAAAAUCAGAAUUGAACGUAGCCAUAGGCGCAGAGCAAAGCGCGUCGACGUGCAAGUGCAACUCCCUGGUGGUCUAGUGGUUAGGAUUCGGCGCUCUCACCGCCGCGGCCCGGGUUCGAUUCCCGGUCAGGGAACUUUCCCUUUGAUAACAGCCAUGUUUCACCAAGGAAAAUAAUGCUCUCAAUUAGAACCAUUUCCAGGAAUUUCACUCCUUCAUCCAAGCUAUAAAAUCAAGGUUUUUAUGCAACCUUUUAACUGCAUAUGCAGAGAAAGGCAACUAUUAGGGGCAAUGCUCUCUUCAUAAUUAAACCUUUAUCACUGCUUAACCUUGUUUGUUCGGAGGCCCCUUGUUUUGGCUCCCUGUUUUCUAACGCCGUAAAGACCAUCCCAGAUUUUAAAUUUAAGCCUUUGAUGAAACAGUUCUAGGUUGGAAGUGAUGGAUGUAGGUCACAUAGGCUACGUUCACACUGCAGGUUUUGAUGCACAAUUCAGAUUUUCAGUCAAAUCUGAUCUUUUUGUGCGGUAGUUCAUAUUACAACAGAGUGUCCACUCUGCAGUCACAUCAGAUACAUAUCCGAAUUAUUUCCACAUACAAAAGAGGCCUGGGUCAGAUUUAAAACAAUCAGAAUUGGACUUUUGACACAUGAAAAAAUCAGAUGCGUGUCAUAUAUGGUUAAAAAAUUGGAAUUGACCUGCAGUGUGAUUGUAGCGAUAGUGGCACACUAAAGCGUGUCAAUACACAUGUGCAACUCCCUGGUGGUCUAGUGGUUAGGAUUCGGCGCUCUCACCGCCGCGGCCCGGGUUCGAUUCCCGGUCAGGGAACAUUCCCUUUGAUAACAGGCAUGUUUCACCAAGGAAAAUAAUGCUCUCAAUUAACAAAAAGGUUGCACAAAGAACUUGAUUUUAUAGCUUGGACGGAGGAGUGAAAUUCCUGGAAAUGGUUCUAAUUGAAAGCAUUAUUUUCCUUGGUGAAACAUGCCUGUUAUCAAAGGGAAAGUUCCCUGACCGGGAAUCGAACCCGGGCCGCGGCGGUGAGAGCGCCGAAUCCUAACCACUAGACCACCAGGGAGUGGUGAAAGUCUCUCCCACCACUGGUGUCUGUGUCAUAUGAAGUCCUUUAGAAACAUUAAAUUGCCCACAUCCAAAACACAACAGACCCAAAAGUUACUUUAUCACAGUUUUUUUUGUGUGUGCACAUUUUACAUCCUAUUUUAGCUGUCUGAAAAACAUGAGAUUUUUGAAACCACUAUAUCCAAAAGCACUGGACCCGCAGAGACUGCUUGUUAGUGAGCUAAUUUUAAACAUCCUCCCUGAAGAGUGACAGGAACAACUUGCACUGAAGAGUAUCAGGACUCAAACAGACAAGACUAGUGGUAGUUUCACAUGAUAGCAGACACAUCCUACUUAACUUAACAUUUUAAACAAAAGCAGUUAAGAUACAUCUUCUGUGUGUGUUAAGCCAAACCUCACUCCAAUGGUGGCUCACCUUUCUGUCAUUGCCCACUAUUCCAACAACUUCAUUCAGGAAAAAGUUACACUUUUAUACCAUUCUGGCUUACAAUUUAAAAGCUUAUAUUACAUUACAUUACAUUAGCUAUUUUCUUUAAUAGUUAUUGCAACUUUAAAUUGAUUUGAUAAAAUAUUGUUUGUAUAUAAGUAGUGAGUGGGUCUCAGAGUUUAUGCUGCAUAGCUCUUUGAGUAAUCCUAGCUAAACAAUCGUCAAAUUUUAGCCCUCUGAUUUUACCUCCACUGUGAAAGGCAUUUACAUAAUGAUCUAUACCUUCGACUGAAGCAUAUAGAAUUUGUUUAGAGUGUCAGGAAGCUGCAUGUCUGCAUUUGAAGUUGUUUUCUACUAAUGCUCAGCAAAUCUGCACAAUAAGUAUCUUUAGUAUAUAACUUUAAAAAAAAAAAGAAGAUAAACUGUAUUACAUCUAUGUAAAAAGUAAUGAUAUUUGUAUUAAUUAGUACACUUAGUAAACAUAUGUAGUGGAGAGCCAAGUCAAUGCACACACAUGGCAGGACCCAGGGUAAGAGUUCCUAACGGUGAAAAGUAGCUCUCUAAUUUCUGUGAGCGAACAUGUAUAAAUAGAAUCCCUCCAUUAUGUCUCUGCCACCUCCUAACCCUCUCAGUCAUCUUCUACUUUUUAACUCUUUAACUCUUUAGCAAUCUACACAGGUGUUUUAUGCUCUUGGAUUUGAAGUUUGAAUUGCUUGACUAUAUCUUUACAGCCAGCAAUGCCCCAUUACUUCUCCCCUCUCGUGGAGCAGCUCAUUGUGUAUUCAUGGCCUUCACUGGAAAUAUGCUAAGAGGCUUUUCAGCUAGACAUGGGGCUGCUAGUGAUAGCAGGCCGGUGACUGAAUGAGAGGUCCUCUCGGCCCUGACCCUCUCCUGAGCUCCUCCUUUUAUCCUCAGAUUAAUAGCACAGCCAGAGACUCACACUGCGGCUCUCUGCUAUUGUGUCCUAUUCAUCUGCUCCAGCCGCCCCUCUCACCCUAUCUCCUCCUUGUCUUAAUUUGCUCUGGUCUUGUGCAUAAUGUCACCUUUUUCUUUACUUUUUAAAUGUAGUUUCAAAAAAGGAGGGGAGGAAAUAGGUUGUGCAUUAAAUAGAUGUAAAUACGCUGCUUUUGACAAGGUAUUUGGCAUCGGUUUAGCUGGUCAAGUUCAUGUUAUUACUUUGUUAAAAGGCUAUGCCAUCCUUAUUGCAUAUGUUACAAAGGUUCACACCUCAGAGAAAUCAUAAUUUCUCUUUCAAAACACAAGAUGGCAGCAGAUGAUCACAGAAAAAGAGGCAUCAGAGUACGCACCGUAAUAAUGAGAGCACCUGUAGUUCUACUUUGCUGUUCAUACUUGUGAUUUAAACUGAUGUGUAACCUCAUCUGCGGGAGAUAAAAGACACCUUUUAAGUCUAAGUUAGUUUGAAUGAGCAUCAUGUUUUCCUUGCCACCUAUCGUGUCUGUCCUUGGCUGAUUGAUUAUUGGGUGCAUUGCUGUUUUCAGGAGGGACGGGUUCGUGUCACCCUGCUGGCUCGCAGCACAGAAUACAGAAGGAUAUUAAACCAAGUGGAGGUGAGUCCAGCUCCUCCCUCCCUUCUUUCUCUCUCUUUAAUGCAAUUACUAUUUUUAUUGCAUCCUUUCCUGCCACAAGUCCUCCUAUUCUUCUUUUCUGUCUUUCUCUUUUCUCACUCUGUACACCAUUGAUUUACUGCCUACAUCUGUUAAAUGCCUAUUUAAAAUGUUAUUUGCUAUAAACACUGCGGGUAAAAAGGAGCUUGUGAUUUAUAUGGUUGCCGCACAUAUUUAUUUGCUCUCUCAUUGAUCAGAGAACACAUUGCUGUGUUGUUGUUACAGCUGGUAAACGCCCUGAAGACAGUGCCUUUACUGGAGGUCAGUGUGGUGGACUACAAAUACAAGUGAGUUAUACAGUCCUGACAUUACUAUAGGAGCUAUUCACUGCCGUUCAGUAUUAGCCGACCAUGUAGUAGUGCUGUAUAAGUAUAAAGGGAGUGUACGCCUUUUAAACAGCGACAGCCUUUACUCAGUAAAGAUGAUUGAUGUGCAACUUCCUGUCUGUCUUUCAGGGAUGUCCCCUUCCUCAUGCAGCUGAGAAUCACCCACAACUCUGACAUUUUUAUAGGGAUGCACGGGGCGGGUCUCACACACCUCCUCUUCCUCCCUGACUGGGCUGUCAUAUUUGAGCUGUGAGUGGCACUCUACGUCCGCCUGUGUGUGUGUGUGUAUGUGUGAGUGACAGAAAAAGACAGAGUAGGGUUGCAGGGAGAGUGAUGGGUUUAGCUGCGUGCUGCGCUUGAAAUACCCUUCAGGCACUUUGUGUAUGAUGGUGAAAUACUGUCCAAUUAACCAGGCAUUCAUCACAGCUGGCUACCCUGGGUGGGGGAGUUGAUUGAAAUGUGGUUGGGUAUUGGCUGGAGUAUUUUGUGCACAUUUGGUUAGCUGAUAAAGUUUGAACCACUUUUUGUAUAUACUGAGAAGAAGAGGGAGAGAGGGGGGCAAGAAAGAGUGAAAGAGAGGCAGAGAGAUGAGAGCAAGAGAUAAAGUGUCUGCAUCUGUCCCUCCCAGAUAUAAUUGUCAGGAUGAGAGCUGCUAUCGAGAUUUGGCUCGGCUGCGAGGCAUUCGAUACGUGACUUGGCAGAAAAUGGACAAAGUGCUCCCACAGGACAAGGUAGGGGAAAGACCCAUACCAGCCAUUGCCUUUCUGGCACCUCAGUUCAUUCCACCUAUUCCUCAUAUAUACACACAGUAUAUAUUCAUUCAUAAACACAGCAAUACAAACACAAACAUAUCCAGGCUUGUGUGUUGUGUCUCUUUCUACUUUUGAAGUGUCUGAUCUUUUUUUCUGUCACCUCUCCCCAGGGUCAUCAUCCAACCCUCGGGGACCACCCAAAGUUUACCAACUACGCCUUUGACGUGGGCGAGUUCAUGCGUCUUGUGCUAGAGGCAGCUGAGUAUGUCACACAGCAUCCCAAAUGGCAGCGUCACACUAUACAUGAUGAACUCUAA